AUGAAGCAACUUACAGCUUGGUAUCAGAAGAAAAUAAGUUCUUAUGACAAAGAAGAAUGGGAGACUAUGGUAGAGCAGUUGCUGAUGAGAGGCACUUACCGUCGCCGCAUAAUAGAUUCAUCAUCACAUGCACGGUCUUAUUUAAUAGAUGUUGAUUUAGUUAGAGGCUCAUCAUUUCCCAAAGCAAAGGCUACACUUGGUAUGCGCCGUGUAGUAUGGUUUGCAUUGGUUCGACUUGUAUUCUUGCCAGCCCUAUAUCAAUGGUGGGCUCAACAGACCUCACCUGCAUGUGCAAAAUUUCUCCUUUCUGUAUGGUUCCUCCAAGUUGUCAAUAUAAUAAUAAACUUUAUUGCACCAGCUUCUGUUGACUUAGAUUCAAAUUGCUGGAUAGUGCCAAUGGUUUUGAUGGUAGUACUAAGUAUGGUACAUUCACAAAUAGUAUGCACAACAGAAAUGGAAUUAGCUAGAGUUAGACCAAGGUCAACUUAUAGAAGAAAAUUACCGCGAUAUUUUAGACGAUCUCGAUCAGACUGUGAUGGAGGGAGUGGUGUUGCGUCAGCAGAAAGUGGAGCCACUUCAAGCCAUAGUAAAACUCCUCUCACCAAACCAGCCAAAUUUCGACGGCGCUUGUCAAGAUCUGAUAUUGCUGAUGUAGGCCAAAGAAAGAGAAGAAAAGAAACAAAAGACAGUCCAAAUGAUCUCCUACCUGUGAUUAAAGAUAAAUUACCAAAGAAAGCUAAAGAUUCUGACGAUGAAGACUAUAUGGCAUGGAAGAAACGUGAUCCAACAGUUCCUCUUAAUCAACCCAUUGUCGCCAGUCCCAGCACAUCAUAUAAACCGAACAUACUAACAAGGAAAUACUUAGAAAUAUUUAAUAUUCGCCAAAAUCAACAAAAUGAGCCAAGACCAACAUUGGCUGAUGGGGAUGACGGCUUUGAAAGCCUUAACGGCUACAAUUCUAGUGAGGGUGAUAAACCGGAAAACCAAAAAGUUAAAAAAGUUAUUGAAGAGAAACAGGAACCUGUAACAAAGAAAGAUUUAAAUAAUGUUGUUAAUGACAGUGAUAAGGGUAAAAAUUUAGAAGAGAAAACAAUUGAUCCAGAUUCUGAUAAUGCUGUCACAAGUAGUCCUAAUACUGGGAAGAGAGUGAGUGUGCGAUUUAGAAAAUCCUGGUCAAAAGAUAAAAUAGCGAUGUCUUGUGACGAAAAGUUUGCAAGAAUGAAAGAUAAAAAGAAAAUAGAAAAUUACCAGUCGUCAUCAUCCGAUGGGGAAUGUUCUGCUUCCGCCCCAUCAAUCGCUCUGCCUUCGCACCAUACCAUGUCUGAUUGGGUGGGCCAAAUUACUAACAGCGAAGAAAGUAGUUACGGAUCUCAAUCGGAGGCCGGCCAUCCAGGUGUCGGUUUCCAUUACACAGCUGAUUGCUCGUGGGAUCCUUUUGCAAUACUAGAUCCAUCUAGUGACACAGUGAAAUGUACAAUGUGGGAACGUGGAUCCACUCUAAGGGCAGAGUUAUCAGCGGUAGACAUAAGUUGGUACGUGGUAGCGCGAGCAGAACGGGCAAUGGUGGACGGGUGUCUCUACUCUGGACUUAUUAUGGCCGCUAUUGUUGCCUUUAACUCGCCGGUUAUGCGGCUUAUACAGAUGGCAAUAGAACAGGAUUCACGGACAGAAGAGGAACUCCAAUCGCUGUCUUUAUUAAGUUUUUCCUCCAUCGUUGGAAACUAUACUCAGGGAUCACCGCUCAACGCUUUUAAUGGUGCUUUUGGAGACAGCUUUUGGGAAAUAUCAACAAACGUCCUCUCCUGCGUUCUCCGAUUCACUCUUAGUGGACUCGUCUUUUUUCUGUUGGCGGUAGCAGAGCGCGCGUACAAACAACGUUUUCUGUACGCAAAACUGUUCUCACAUUUGACAUCCGCUAGGCGUGCCCGGAAGUCGGAGUUACCACACUUCCGUCUGAACACAGUUAGGAAUAUCAAGACUUGGCUCUCGACCAGGUCUUAUUUACGGCGACGCGGCCCCCAAAGAUCAGUGGACGUUAUAGUUUCCGCAGCUUUCGUAAUAACGCUCACUCUAUUGGCCUGCGUCAGCGCACAAUUAUUAAGGGAUUCCGUGACUUUAGAGAGAGGUUGGCUCCUUGAAGCAAUGGUUUGGAGUGGUUGCCUUGGAGUGUAUUUAUUGCGACUUUUGACACUUGGCAGUAAUGUCAAUAAGAAGUACCGGGGUUGCCUGUCAGCGAUUUUGACAGAACAGAUAAACCUACAUUUAGCCAUAGAGCAGAGACCAGAGAGUAAAGAACAACUAACGGUGGCAAAUAAUGUGCUUAAAUUGGCCGCGGAUUUGCUUAAAGAACUAGACUCUCCCUACAAAAUAUCUGGAAUAUGCGCGAACCACUAUUUAUACACAAUAACGAAGGUAGUGAUUCUAUCCGCAUUAUCAGGAGUUCUCUCUGAAAUGUUAGGUUUUAAGCUGAAACUGCAUAAAAUCAAAAUUAAAUAG